UUGACAUAUAGCCAUCGUUACAGGAAUCGCCUCUGGCAGUUUUUAAAAAGGCAAACUCAAAGCCACAUAUUAUACUGUAUGUGUAGAAAACGUGCGGGGAAGACAGCCUACCGAGAUUGGUUAUUCUACAAGACAAUCCCUGCUUUUUUCUUCUUCAUUUGGAGACAAUUGAUGUGCAUGCGUAAAACGACAUUUGAAAGCCCAAAAGGAGAAGACUCGGGUUAUUACUCGGUGGACAAUCUAAACUCGAAUAUAAUUGGACAUUUGACACAAUAAAGACAACGCAGACACUUCGCCCGGGUGAAGAGUGGAACCUUAGCAUCUGAUACAGUGAUUGAGGGACUUUUACGCACUCAGGCAGGCAGUGGCCACCUGUGGAUGGUGACUCUUUCAAGGACUUUUGCCCCAAAACCCCAAUGAUCGAAAGCAUUGCAAGCGUUCCAUGCAGAACACACGUUGAUUAUAGUUGUUUUAUGUUUGUAAUCAUUUUAAUUUGAAACAAUAUGCUGAUUAGUUUUUCACUCCUGGCAACGCUUCUCCUAAGCGAGUCUGGUUGUUUGGGCUCGUUCGUACCGUGCGAACCGUGUGACCAGAAGGUUAUGUCGAUGUGUCCGCCAGUACCGGUGGGAUGCCAGCUGGUGAAGGAGCCUGGCUGUGGUUGCUGCCUGACUUGCGCGCUCCCGGAGGGACAGUCGUGCGGGGUGUACACGGGGACUUGCACGCACGGGCUCCGAUGUCUGCCGAAGAGCGGGGAGGAGAAACCGCUGCACGCGCUCCUCCACGGGAGAGGAGUGUGCGCCAACGAGAAGAUGUACAAGCCGCUGCAUCCAGGCAGGGACGGUUAUUCUCCAGAGGAAGCUAUGUUAGCAGAGGUUCCAGAGUCCCUGCUGCCCCAGGCCAAGGUGCCUCUGUACGGGGGCAGAGACCACAUCAGCAGCCGCAAGGCUCAGGCCAUGAGACAGGCUAAAGACCGCAAGAGACAGCAGGCCAAGCUCCACUCUGUCAGCAGCCUUGACUACUCAACCCUCGCCCUGGACAAACUGCAGCCUGAGUUUGGACCCUGCAGGAGAAAGCUGGACGGGAUCAUUCAGAGGAUGAAAAACACAUCUAGAGUCCUAGCUCUGUCCCUAUACCUUCCAAACUGUGACAAGAAGGGAUUCUUCAAGCACAAGCAGUGUAAACCAUCACGUGGGCGGAAGCGGGGGAUCUGUUGGUGUGUGGACCGUUUUGGCGUGCAGCUCCCUGGCACGGACUACAGUGGAGUGGACAUCCAGUGCAAAGACCCGGAGAGCAACAGCAACAAAAACGAAUGAGAGAUGGCCAAUUUGGUCACCUGACAUGAGCCAAGGCCCGCCUCCCUUUACCCCUACUCCUGCAAAUCAGAUGUACAUGCAAAAUAUGCAAAAGCCAAUCAAAUCAGGAAAGCAGAGCACAGAUACAGUACAUACACAUGGUUUUAAACUAUACAUCUACCUAUACUGAGAUGACCUAUAACCUCCCUUUGAAGCACAUAUAACAAUGUUCUCUGAUUUAAAUUAUAUUAGAUUCUGUUUAAACAAAAUUUUAAGGCUAAAGAGUAAAGCUAAUCUUUUUCACGUAUGUUGUUAUCGUGAUGUUGACAGGAACUCUUUACUGGGGAGCACAGUAAUCUGGAGUCGUAUUUAAAUGGAACUCUGUUCCCUUGGUCCAAAUGUUUGUCCCUUCAGAGCACUUCCCUACAAGAGAACCUCAGUGACUGAAAGUACUUUAUUGUCUGAGUUUGGGUCUAUGUCCUUAUAUGUCUUUCUGAGUGCGAUGAGAUGAGAUUUUCAGUCCUGCUUUUCUUCCACUUUGUCUCCCAGAUUGUUCUGAGUUGAGGGUCUUAAGAACUAGUAACUGCUCGUAUACAGUAGGUUGUUACAGAGUAGUUACAGUAGCUAUCUUAAUAAACCCAUCAACUGCUACUUCUGAUGGGUUGUGUCUCAAUAUAGUUUCAUAGGGGUGACUGUAUGAAAUGACUGUGUGUGUGUGUGUGUGUGUGUGUGUGUGUGUGUGUGUGUGUGUGUGUGUGUGUGUGUGUGUGUGUGUGUGUGUGUGUGUGUGUGUGUGUGUGUGUGUGUGUGUGUGUGUGUGUGUGUGCCUCCUAUACUUUCUCCUUUAGUAGUCUGUAUUGUGCCUUACCUUCCGUGAAUUAUAUUAAAAAAAGAUCACCUCAAAAACACAUCAUGACAGUCAUUUGCUUGUUUUGUCAUUUAUAAACGACAACCAAGAAAGUACAGGUGCUUUGAAAAGUCCAACACAGGCUCAAAUCGCAUGCAAAUGCUGCACAGCAUUUCUAUUGACUUCUCGUAGCUUCCUGUCUGACCACAACACAGUCUUCUGCAUGGGACUCUUCUGUAUGACCCCUGGAAAGGUGUGGCUCUUUGGGUUUCUAUGGAAAUCUCAGUGCCUUCUCUCUCUCUCUCUCUCUCUCAUGACUUUGAAUCCAGAUUUACAUCCAGAUUAUCAGGCCUUGUCAUUGAACGAGGACAUUUUAGCAGUAUGUGGAUGUGGAGAUUGCUUGCCCGAGACCCAUGAGUUGACGAGUGUGAAGAUAUAAGUCUCCACGAUAUAAGGCCGUGAUGAUACUUCUUGAUUCUACGUCCCGUUUGUGAACAUGAUGUUAAAUCAGACGUCAACUGAUUUUAUUGAAGCUCAAAACAUUUGCCAGAUAUUUUGUUGACAUUCCUUGAAAUAGACAUCCCUUUUUUCAGUGUAUGGUAACAUGCCGAUAGCUUUGACAGGGGCUGUAUGUACAGCCUAUGCCUGCCACUAGAAUGCAUAGGAGACUUGGAAAGGUUUCUCAACUCAGUCUUAAGCUUGCUUGUAUGAAAGACCAUGAAAUCUCAAACAUUCCAUAUCCGUGAUUUAAAAAAAACAUGUAGCAAACUAAUAGGUAACAGUUUACUUAAAGCCAAACGGUACAAUGCUUCUUUGCUGAAAUUCUUUAACAGGCUGAAAUGAGCUGUUUAGUCAGGGUCCAUCAGAGACGAUGGUAAGACGUUAUAACAGGGUCAUACAUGCUUAUGACAAUUCGUACAACGCAACAAUGCAAUACACCUGUUGGCUUUAAGUGAAGUGUUACUAACAAAUCCAUGUGAAUAUUACAAAUAUGUCAUAUUUAUUCACUGUGUAAUUGAUAUACUUUAACCUUGUCUUUUUUGUAACGACAAGGCAUUUAUUUAAAUAAAGUUAUGUAUUGAUGUAUGGGAA